GCAAUAGGAACUAGAAAAAGCAAUACGGGAAUAUCAGUACAUGAAAAUUAUAAACAUUUUUACCUUUUUUCGAGUGUUAUACAGUGUUAUAUAAAAUCAAAUUUCACCAAAUUUAUUUCGAGUGUAUAUGAAAGCGAAAUAAGUGAGAAGGAAGAAAAGCGUCGCAAAAGAAAGCAGUAUAAAAGUGAAAGAAUGAGAAGCAAAGCCGAAAAAAGUGGAAAAAGUGUAGUGAAGGGAAAGAAGGAGGAUCAGUAAAGCAACAAGGAGCAAGGGUGCAUAUUUUCCAAAACGAAAGCGAAAAAUGUGCAUUACAUUGUUAUACAAAGUGAAGCGAAACUGGAUGAAGAAAAAGCUUUUCCUGGCACAUAAUGCCGAUACUUGCAGCGAAGGAAUCCGAGGGCGAAGAAGGGGGUUGGGCAGAACCCGAACGCGACGGCCAAGAAUGCAACCCCGGACCGAUCGUGGUGGAAUAUUAUCAUCGGAGAGGCGACCGAUUGGCUCCAUUGGUACUACAAAAAAACCCGCUACAGGUCGCCAAACCCCGGACAAAAUGAGUGGAAAGACCAGGCUGCAAUUGAAAGCCAAAGAAACGAAGGAAGGCUACUCGAAGUUAAUGGAAACAUGCAAGUUUUUCGAUCGAAGCUGGGAACACAACUGUACCUGGAACACUCCCGUAGACACAGGCAAGUGUCAAAUGUCAGCAAAAAAAAAUGAUUGUGGAGCCCUCGGCGGAUUCCUCCCUGGACUCCGCACAGCCCGGCUGUUGUUGGUGCCAAAAUCGCAAAUAUUGCUGCUUUGUGAUUAUAUUUUUACUCUGUUUCAUAGCAUUAAUAUGCGUGGCCGUGUAUUUCGGACAGAAGCGUUAGCCACAGGACACUCAUUAAACAUUUAAAGGGUAUGGGGUACCCCCUCGCAGCCCCCCACCACCACCACCAAAA